AUGCCGCUAAAGAAGAAGGAGGAGGUGUGCGGGAAGCCAAACCAGUACAACCUGGAGACCCUCCAGUAUGACUGGGGCGAGCUCCCCGACACCCACAUCCAGGUGCCUCCGCAGCAGCCCCGAGUACGAGACUACGCUGCCCUUGCUGGCUCUGGCGCAGCCGGCAAGAGAGUAAAUCCCAUCACACACCAGCCGCUGCCGUCCCCUGGCGCCGGGUUUGGCGGCGUCGGCGCGGUUUCGCCAACGCCGUUGCCAUCGCCGUCGAGACCAGCUCAAGAAGCGAUGCGGCGCGUGCCGUUGCCGCCGGUUCAUCAUGGCAACCGAGAUCACGUGGCGGAUCUGUUUGGUGGUGGUGACGGUGGCGCUAGGCAAACACCUGCGCGUGAACCGCAGCGAAGAGCGCUGCCGCCGCCACUCGUAGCGAAGGAGUUGCCGCAAGCUCUGCCGUAUCCUUCUUCCGACGUGAACGGUCGAGGCGGUGCAGUGCACGGCAACGCCGCUGCAUCGCCACCGGAGCCGUGGGGCGCUGACGCUUUUAACGUCGCGUGGUCGCACGAGGACAUCAAGUGGGUUGUGCACACAAACAGCUUAGAGGCUCACCGCUCCUACCUGCGAUAG